GGCGGGGGAGGGGAAAGGAUGGGGGGUGCUUCCCUCUUUGCGUCCCAAACAAAGUGUCACAAAGAGCUCGGCCCGCGGCAGCAGCAGAGGCGGCUGUAACUCAGCUUUUGUUCUCCUGGCCGGGGGUAGCUGAGCCUUGGCCUCCCUAUCUCCCAACCCUGCCCCCCAUCAUCCUUCUGGCUUAUCUUCCUGGGGAGGGGUCUGGGGUGCUGCUGGAAAAACCUCUCCGGCAGGAUAGCAGGUCCUACCCUACUUAGCAAUCUAUUUCUGGGAGGGGGAUUUUCCCAGAGGCUCCCUUGAUCGCCCCUACCUCCCAGUCUGAGGACUGAGGCUCACGUGGGUGCUAAGACUGACUUUUCUAGGGUCAGCUCCACUUAAAGGGACUUAGGGCUGGCUACAUGCCCCUCUUUCCCAAACCCAGGUCUUCCAGAACUUUCAAAAUCAAAAUCGGGGUUGCGUUAGGACAUGCCUCUGGGAUAAGAUUCCCCAUGGUGGGAUGGCAGCAGGUGAGCAGGUGUGCCUUCCUCUCGCCUCCUGCUGUACCUUUGAAGUCCAUGGCUGAGGUUCCAUGUCCCUAACUCAGGAGAGUGAGGACAGAGGGAAGGAGGCUUUACCAAGAUCUCAGUCUAAAAAGGCUGGUGAGCUGCAGAGUGGAGCGGGUUAGGAGGAGCUAUCUGAGCAGUGAGGUUCAGAGGGCCAUGGAGAGGAGACCAUAAAAGUGAACUACUGGUGUGUCUGUGUGAUCAAGGUAGUCUUUUGAAUGUAGACCGCCCUAGAAGCUCCCUUUCCUUUUAACCCCAUCUAGUGCAGUGGUAAUCAUAAUUGUUAGCAGAUUUGGGAGGUGUAGGAUUCUCAAGAGGGAAAACCGUCGUGUUAGAGGUGACCAGAGGCAGUUACAACUGGACCCCAGAAGUCCUGAACCCUUGCUCCUUACACUUUGACCCUAAAAACUUUUGAAUCACAAGACUUGAGGGACAGUCUUUGUGGUCCAUUUAGCAAAUACUUCUAUGUACCUGUCCUUGUUGUUUCUAAGUCUUUUCACCAACCAUUCCAUCCUUCUCUACUGAGUAAGGUUUAGUGGUCCACACCCACUUCCCUACCAGCUGCCCCAGCAUGUAAGGAUAAUUGGCCUAUUGCUUUUGAAAGGUUUCUGAUAUCUAUCCCUGGCCCCGCAUCCUUAUAGAAUCCAAAUAAGGGCAAGAUAACCCCUGAUUCCCAGUGGGGGUGGAAAGUAGGUCAGUGCUGCUGUCUGGCCAAGUCUCGAGGAUGGUGUUUAAGGCCUGACUAUAGAAAACUCUGUGAUUAUUGUCCAGGGGCAAUAUAUACAUGACCUCGGUUCCAAGGCAGUUCAUAGUAUCCCAGUCCCUGUCAGUUCUUUCCCCUACUGAGAAAAAAAUCAUGGGAUCAGGUGUCUGGAACCUGGUUUGAUAUGGAGAUGAUUCAGGAGAUCUUCAUUGGGCCUAAGAAGGUAUCUCAGUGAGUUUUGUUGAUUUUAGGCCACCGUCUGGGGAAACUUUCCGUGCUGGGGAAUUCAGCUUCAGUUUGGGCCUUCUUGUAUAUCACUCUAUUUCUGUUCUGGAAACUGCUAUGUGCAAAGUGGUUUAUUGUUGUUUUGGGAUAGGAAGCUUUACCCUUUUCUGACUCUUCUUGCCUCAGUUAUGAGGCCAGCUUCCUAAGAGAUUUUGCUUGCUAUCCUACAGACAGUUUUAGGGGCCCUAGAAUCUUCUCAGAAUGAGAGUAUGUGCCCAUAGGUUAGUCAGCUAUGACCAUGCAGUAUUCCCAGCACCCCCCCCCCCCCCCCCCGCCCCACGCCUCCACCAUCUGCUUCCUCUGAAUAUACCAGAUUGGCUGUACACCAGGAUGUUCCGGGAAUCCCCAGGAGAGCAACAGAAUGUGAUGGACCCAAAUAUGAUGCCUCAGUAACUCAUUCCAGGAUGUACAAACUGUAACUGUCAGGAUGCUCCUUACAGCUAAUUAAAAUUCUUCUAGUUACAUCUAUUUUCUAUUAGCUCUUUCUAUUUUCAGUGACAUCUAAAAGGCCAAAAUAAUCCCUCUGGUACCACUGGGUUUUUUUCUAUGGUUUUCAGAUAGGAACGAAAAAAAAAUGCUCUAGCUUUUCUGUGUUGUAUCUGCGAUGCUAAAAUGGCAAACAGCCCCUCUAGCACCUCAUAGCUCUAUCUAUGGUACUGAGGUGGCCCAAGUGGCUUCUGUGGUAGCCCACUGCACUCUCCAUGGUACUGAAGGGAUGACCAUUUGUUUUAACAUCUCUCUGGGGUCCAAAAGAGUCCUGUGACUUAGAAUCACAAACUUUUUUUGAGCAGGAAGGGACUAACAAUAUAAAUUAGUCCAAUCCCCUUAUUUUACUGAUGAGUAAACUGGGAGGUUAAGUGAUUUAGUAAAGGUUGUAGGGUUAUCAAUGUUCAGACUAGGCCUACAAUAGCCUUGUACCCUUCAGUCCUAUUCUAAUUCACCUUUUGUGACACUAUUCAGUAAGCCUGGCUAGGCUCUUAGUCCCAGGAAAGGAUCCAGAGGAUGAGAGUGGGUGCCCUAAUUUGAAGCUACAGAAAUACACAUAUUAAGUGGUAGUGGAGGUCGUCUAGUGACCCUUGGACAAGGAUACUUUGUUAAUUAAUCAUCUGCUAAUAAUAAUCCUGUAGCCCAGAUUCCACAUGUAACAGGUACCUGCCCCUUCAUGGAGUUUUACCACAUCCACUAAAUGUCAAAAAUUAAAGAAGCCUUGGACCUCCAGAGCCUUUUCUCUCUGCUGACAGGCAGGUUGACUCCUGGCCCAGUUCUUUUCUAUUAAAGAUCCUUAGGCAAAGUAAUGCUUGCAUCUUUUUCUUUCUCAGUAACCCAUUUCAGUUUUGUGAUGCCUAUUGUAAGGAAGUUCUUUAUAUCUCAAAUAUCCUUUCUUAGGCAAAAAGAAAAAAAAAAAAAAAAAAAAAGGUUAGACCCACAUUCAUUUAGCCUUGACCAGAUACUAUUCUAUAUGAGGCAGAAAGGUAGACUAGAUGACUUCUGGUCAUCCUCACAGGUCUGUUUCCAUGAAUCUUGAUUCUGGGGUUUCUUCUAAGUCCUCAUGCUAAACUCCUCUGCAGCUUAGGAUCAGCACCGCCCCCCACCCCCCCAACCCCUAUCCUCUUCCUCUCAAGGAUCUUCUCCUUCCCCAGCACUGGAGCUCUGCAAGUCCCAGGCCUAGGGAAUUUUAGCCUGGAGAAUUUUAACCCUUUCCUGCUCAGAGCAUGUGCUGAGUCCCUAUCUGUGCAGAUGGCCCAGCCCCGCCCCCCGUCCCUCACUCCAGCCUCUUGAGCUCAGAGCCAGUGUAAUCCUCCUCUUGUGUGAGGGAGCCUCUCCCCUGCAGAGAGGAGGAAAGCCUGCCUCGGAACAGCCCUGGACAAAGGGGCUCAGAUGCCCCAUCAUACUGCAGGCUCCAAGGUUUGAAACAAGGGGAUGAAUCCUAUACGCUCCACAGCACCUGUUGCCUUCAUUAGCAGCUUUUCCUCUUCUUCCCUGCACUUCCUAGAACCAAAGAAUGUGAAGGGGGUCCAUGGAGAUCUUUCUCCACAGGGCUCACGUCCCCGCGCCCCGAGCGGCCACUUAGCGCCGUCGCCGCCGGCUUUCGACGGCGAGCUGGAUCUGCAGCGAUAUUCCAACGGGCCAGCCGUGAGCGCAGGGUCGCUCGGGAUGGGAGCGGUGAGCUGGUCUGAGAGUCGUGCAGGCGAACGGCGCUUCCCCUGCCCUGUAUGCGGGAAGCGCUUCCGCUUCAACUCUAUCCUUGCUUUGCACCUGCGGGCGCACCCAGGCGCCCAGGCCUUCCAGUGCCCUCACUGCGGCCACCGCGCGGCGCAGCGGGCUCUGCUGCGCUCGCACCUGCGCACACACCAGCCCGAGCGCCCACGUAGUCCUGCUGCACGCCUGUUGCUGGAGUUGGAAGAGCGCGCGCUACUACGCGAGGCCCGACUGGGGAGAGCCCGAAGCUCAGGGGGCAUGCAGGCCACCCCUGCCACUGAGGGUCUGGCGCGGCCCCAGGCUCCUUCAUCGUCCGCCUUCCGUUGCCCCUACUGCAAAGGCAAGUUUCGCACCUCGGCGGAGCGCGAACGCCACCUGCACAUCCUGCAUAGGCCCUGGAAGUGCGGCCUGUGCAGUUUCGGCUCCAGCCAGGAGGAGGAGCUGCUGCACCACAGCCUGACGGCCCACGGGGCUCCCGAGCGUCCCCUGGCGGCCACCUCCGCUGCGCCUCCGCCUCAGCCUCAGCCUCCACCCCAGCCCGAACCCAGAUCAGUCCCCCAGCCGGAGCCGGAGCCGGAGCCCGAACGUGAGGCAACCCCGACCCCAGCUCCUGCCGCUCCCGAGGAGCCCCCAGCGCCUCCGGAGUUCCGCUGCCAAGUGUGCGGCCAGAGCUUUACACAGUCUUGGUUUCUUAAGGGCCACAUGCGUAAGCACAAGGCCUCCUUCGAUCAUGCGUGUCCGGUGUGCGGCCGCUGCUUCAAGGAGCCCUGGUUCCUUAAGAACCACAUGAAGGUGCACGCCAGCAAGCUGGGCCCGCUGCGUGCCCCGGGGCCUGCCUCCGGGCCUGCCCGCGCCCCCCAGCCUCCUGACCUCGGCCUGCUGGCCUAUGAGCCGUUGGGCCCAGCGCUCCUCUUGGCCCCGGCGCCCACCCCGGCCGAGCGCCGUGAGCCCCCGAGCCUCUUGGGCUACCUGAGCCUGCGAGCUGGCGAGGGCCGGCCCAACGGCGAGGGUGCUGAGCCCGGGCCCGGCCGCAGCUUCGGAGGCUUCCGCCCGCUGUCCUCUGCUCUCCCGGCCCGGGCUCGCCGGCACCGUGCGGAGGAGCCUGAGGAAGAAGAGGAGGUGGUGGAGGCCGAGGAGGAAACCUGGGCCCGGGGCAGGUCGCUGGGCUCUCUGGCUUCCCUGCACCCGCGCCCGGGUGAGGGACCGGGGCACUCUGCCUCUGCUGCUGGGGCUCAGGCAAGAUCGACCGCCACGCAGGAAGAGAAUGGGCUGUUGGUUGGAGGGACCCGGCCUGAAGGGGGCCGGGGCGCCACCGGCAAGGAUUGUCCUUUCUGCGGAAAAUCUUUCCGCUCAGCACAUCACCUCAAAGUGCAUCUGCGAGUGCACACAGGCGAGCGGCCCUACAAGUGUCCGCACUGCGACUACGCGGGCACCCAGUCCGGCUCGCUCAAGUAUCACCUACAGCGCCACCACCGGGAGCAGAGGAGCGGGGCCGGCCCCGGGCCACCCCCGGAGCCACCGCCUCCUUCCCAGCGGGGUUCGGCCCCGCAAUCUGGAGCCAAGCCGCAGCCUGCGACCUGGGUGGAGGGCGCCUCAAGUCCCCGGCCUCCUUCUAGCGGUGCUGGGCCGGGGUCCCGUCGGAAGCCCGCCAGCCCUGGGAGGACCCUGCGCAACGGGCGAGGUGGUGAGGCCGAACCCCUGGACCUGUCCUUGCGGGCAGGGCCGGGAGGCGAGGCCGGGCCUGGGGGUGCCCUCCACCGCUGCCUCUUCUGCCCUUUCGCCACUGGAGCCCCAGAGCUCAUGGCCUUGCACCUUCAAGUGCACCACAGCCGCCGGGCUAGGGGCCGCCGGCCACCCCAGGCUGACGCGUCCCCGCCCUAUGCCCGAGUACCAUCAGGAGAGACCCCUCCCAGUCCUUCGCAGGAAGGGGAGGAGGGCUCCGGGCUGUCCAGACCCGGAGAGGCAGGGCUGGGGGGGCAAGAACGGUAGUGGGCCCUCAGGGGCGAUUAGCUUAGUGAGCUUACCCCGCCGGAGCGGGGGAGCGCUAGAGGUAGUUGGGUAGAGAAGCCAGCAGGGGGCAGCGUGGGACCCAUAUCCCAGCCCCAGGCGGACCAGAGGUGGAAGGGGCGGCGGGCGUAGGAGGGUGGGCUGGCGGUACCCACCCAGCCCAAGGGAGUCACAGUGCCUUAGAAGUGGCAGAGGUGAGGGUCAAAGAACGGGGUCCCUGGGCUGGCAGAGAAGGUUUGUGUCCCUGUUGAGGAGCCACUCUGCCAGUCUUUGCUGGUCCAUAGGCGUGAGAGUUUAUUUUUGUACAAGGGGUGAGGGUGGGGGGCACUGUACCCUUGUAGCCCCAUCAGGGGCCCUGUAGACGUCGCUAUUUUUGGUACGAUUCCUGUCAUCCCUAUUGCAGAGUCGUGUCCCCAAUAAACAGGUGUCUUGAGGCACAGG